AAUUUUUUUGUAAAACAUUAAUAAUAAUAUGGAUAAAAGAACGCCCACACACUUCGUUUCUGCUGAUCUUUCUUCCUCGACGUCACGUGCUUACGUUGAGAGAGCCUUUAUUCCUCUGGUCGUAGAGCAGUCAGGAGAAGAGGAGACCUCCAGAAGAAUGCCUUCCAAUUCAAGAAUGAAGCUCUCGCUCCCUCUUCUACCCGUCCUGUUUUUGGCUUUAUUUCACUUCUCUAUUGUGUGCCUUGCCCUUUUAGCUGCCCUACCAACUGGGUACUUCUUUGUUCAUCUUCUUUUAAUGUUGAUGGCCAUCUGGUCUACACAAGACAAGAAGGGCGUACUAGUCGUAGCUGUGUAUAUAUAUUUGAUGGUCUUUUCAUUGCUCGUUGAUCUGAUAACAAUCGGUGUGUAUUGGGAUGUGCUGACAGCAUCUGGCUAUGGAAGAUUUGCAUUAUUACUGGUUUUCUCCAAUUUCUUUUCAAAGAUCCCUUCAACUAUCUACACCGUCUUUAUACUGUAUCAAAAGAGUGACGGUUUUAAAUUCUCCUUUUUGCCAGGUUCUGCGAGGAAUAAUGGCUACUCAGAGAUAAGAGAUACAGUCACUGUUGAUAUAGAGGCACCUCCUGGUAGCGAGGAAAACUCUCAAGCAGAAUAAAGAUAUUUUAAAUAAUAGCUAUAGUAGUUUUAAUUGAUAAUUUUCUCUAUCUAACUGUGUUUUGUGUGUCUAAGAGAAAAUCCAAUUCUUUGUGAGCAAUGGCAUAAAUAUUGUUAAUAUUAUUUUGUUUUUUUGAGUCGAUACUUUUUAAGAAUGAUACCAUUCAUUAUUA